AAUCUACAUCCAUAUACAGAAUAUUAAUAAAUCCACCCGUUUGAUAUAUAACUGUAUUUUACAGAAUUGUGGUUUAUUUCCAACAGCUGGAAAGCAUGGUACCCAAGGGGUGUCCUAAUUUAUUCAUUCAUUCAUUUUCUACUGCUUAUCCUCAGUUCGAUUCCACCCUCGGGCAUGCAUGGAGUUUGCAGGUUCUCUCCAUGCAUGCCUGGACUCCGGUUAGUUAGUUCCUUGGUAACUACUCUAAAUGUAUGUACCACAGUUCCUCGGCAACUACUCUAAAUGAAUGUACCAUAGUUCCUCUAACUACUCUAAAUGUAUGUACCGUAGUUCCUCGGUAACUACUCUAAAUGAAUGUACCGUAGUUCCUCGGUAACUACUCUAAAUGAAUGUACCUUAGUUCCUCUGUAACUACUCUAAAUGUAUGAACCUUAGUUCCUUGGUAACUACUCUAAAUGUAUGUACCCUGAUCCCUCGACAACUACUCUAAAUGGACGUACAGUAGUUCCUCAGUGACUACUCUAAAUGGAUGUACCUUAGUUCCUCUAACUACUCUAAAUGGACGUACCUUAGUUCCUCGGUAACUACUCUAACUGUAUGUACCGUAGUUCCUCUGUAACUACUCUAAAUGGACGUACAGUAGUUCCUCAGUAACUACUCUAAAUUAAUGUACUCUAAAUGAAUGUACCUUAGUUCCUCUGUAACUACUCUAAAUGUAUGUACCUUAGUCCCUUGGUAACUACUCUAAAUGUAUGUACCCUGAUUCCUCGACAACUACUCAAAAUGGACUUACAGUAGUUCCUCAGUGACAACUCUAUAUGGAUGUACAGUAGUUCCUCAGUAACUACUCUAAAUGAAUGUACCUUAGUUCCUCUAACUACUCUAAAUGUAUGUACCUUAGUUCCUUGGUAACUACUCUAAAUGUAUGUACUGUAGUUCCUCGGUAACUACUCUAAAUGUAUGUACCCUAAUUCCUUGGCAACUACUCUAAAUGGACGUACAGUAGUUCCUCAGUAACUACUCUAAAUUUAUGUACUCUAAAUGAAUGUACCUUAGUUCCUCUAACUACUCUAAAUGUAUGUACCGCAGUUCCUCGGUAACUACUCUAAAUGUGUGUACCCUAAUUCCUCGGCAACUACUCUAAAUGGACGUACCUUAGUUCCUCAGUAACUACUCUAAAUGUCUGUACCGCAGUUCCUCGGUAACUACUCUAAAUGUAUGUACCCUAAUUCCUCGGCAACUACUCUAAAUGGACGUACAGUAGUUCCUCAGUAACUACUCUAAAUUAAUGUACUCUAAAUGAAUGUACCUUAGUUCCUCUGUAACUACUCUAAAUGUAUGUACCGUAGUUCCUCGGUAACUACUCUAAAUGGAUGUACCCUAAUUCCUCGGCAACUACUCUAAAUGGACGUACUGUAGUUCCUCAGUAACUACUCUAAAUGGACGUACUGUAGUUCCUCGGCAACUACUCUAAAUGGACGUACUGUAGUUCCUCAGUAACUACUCUAAAUGUAUGUACCUUAGUUCCUCGGUAACUACUCUAAAUUUAUGUACUCUAAAUGAAUGUACCUUAGUUCCCCUGUAACUACUCUAAAUGUAUGUACCUUAGUUCCUUGGUAACUACUCUAAAUGUAUGUACUCUGAUUCCUCGACAACUACUCAAAAUGGAUGUACCUUAGUUCGUCGGUAACUACUCUAAAUGUAUGUACCGUAGUUCCUCGGCAACUACUCUAAAUGGACGUACAAUAGUUCCUCGACAACUACUCUAAAUGGACGUACAGUAGUUCCUCGGUAACUACUCUAAAUGGACGCACAGUAGUUCCUUGGUAACUACUCUAAAUGUAUGUACAGUAGUUCCUUGGUAACUACUCUAAAUGUAUGUACAGUAGUUUCUCGGUAACUACUCUAAAUGUAUGUACCGUAGUUCCUCGGCAACUACUCUAAAUGGACGUACUGUAAUUCCUCAGUAACUACUCUAAAUGGACGUACUGUAGUUCCUCAGUAACUACUCUAAAUUAAUGUACCUUAGUUCCUCAGUAACUACUCUAAAUGUAUGUACCAUAGGUCCUCAGUAACUACUCUAAAUGGACGUACUGUAGUUCCUCAGUAACCACUCUAAAUUAAUGUACCUUAGUUCCUCGGUAACUACUCUAAAUGGAUGUACCGCAGUUCCUCGGCAACUACUCUAAAUGGACGUACUGUAGUUCCUCAGCAACUACUCUAAAUGGAUGUGCUGUAGUUCCUCAGUAACUACUCUAAAUGGAUGUGCUGUAGUUCCUCAGUAACUACUCUAAAUGGACGUACUGUAGUUCCUCAGUAACUACUCUAAACUAAUGUACCUUUGUUCCUCAGUAACUACUCUAAAUGUAUGUACCAUAGGUCCUCAGUAACUACUCUAAAUGGACGUACUGUAGUUCCUCAGUAACUACUCUAAAUUAAUGUACCUUAGUUCCUCAGUAACUACUCUAAAUGGACGUACAGUAGUUCCUCAGUAAGUACUCUAAAUGGAUGUACUGUAGUUCCUCGGCAACUACUCUAAAUGGACGUACAGUAGUUCCUCGGCAACUACUCUAAAUGGACGUACAGUAGUUCCUCGGCAACUACUCUAAAUGGAUGUACUGUAGUUCCUCAGCAACUACUGCAUUUUUGUGUACCUUAUUGUAAAGUGAGACGUAGUAAUUAUUUGAGCACACAGUAGGAGAUGAAUGUCCAGGUCUUCUGUACCCACCAUGCCAAGCCAGAUAUAUUGUAUAAUAAAGGAAGGGAAAUAAAUAAGAGUUGGCAUUGCGUGGUGGCUUUGUGUUUAUCAGGUGUCCCAGGGAGGAAAGCUUAUCAUAUACUCAUAAAAAACCAACUGACGUGUUAUUGCGCAAGCGUAGCUUGACUUUCUCUUCAGGAGGUUUUGAGUUUUGAUGAACGGGAUCCCACCAGUCCUGCUGAAACAAGAAAAUGGUCCAUGUAUACGUCCAUGGUUCUUAUGGCAGCUGGCAGAAGCAUGGAUGGAGGGACGUACGUCAUAUUUCUUCUGCCUUUUCCCGUAAUCCUACCUGUUGGCUUUUUAUGGCUCAGAGUGGAGGUGGUACUGCUCAGGCUGGCGUUCCACAAGGCGUGGCCUCCUGCACAUAAAACGCCGUAAACAGCGUAAAGUCCACUCUUGCGGGAAGAAGAACAAUUGAGACGGAAAGGACAACAGCUACUUCAUCUGUCAGGCAUGGCCUCGGAAGAAUCAAACAGGAAGGUGUCCUCGGUUUUCAUCACCCUGACACGUCCCCACCAAACCAACAUCGAGCAGCAACAAGGACCCAAAAAAGGUUGGGUUCAUGCUGGACCUUCCCCAAGGCCCUCGUUGCCUGGGAACCCUGUACCGACGAGGCCUUCACACACGCCCUUGGAGUCUAAAAACCCUGCAAAUCCUGCACCUACAAAGCCUUCCCACAGAACUUCAAGGUCUGAGAACCUUACAGCUGAUGCUGCAGGUCAAAGAGAUGCAGUCGCUCCGAUUUCUUCCUCUACCUCUCCCCCUUUUCAUCCUCCUGCUGCUGCUGAGAUGCCUUCAAACUCCACAGAUCCAGUGAUCCCACCACCUCCACCUUCCCCGGUUCAGAAACAACGCCCUGUGACCUCGCAGCAGCCACCAAAUCCCAAAAAAGAGGAAAAAACAGCACCCUCUAGUGGAACGACUUCAACAGAACAGUCAAAUGGGGUCAAGAAAGAUAACCCCCGUGAGAAGAGUCGAGGCGCGUGUGCUUUCUGUCGGAAGCCCAUCCUGUUUUCUGAGGAGGCGUUAACGGCCCUGCAGAAGCUUUACCAUAAAGGCUGCUUCAGGUGCCGGUCUUGUUCCAGCCCUCUGGCUGGAAAACAGUUCUACCACGAGGCGGAAAUCCCUAAAUGUGAGAAGUGUCAUGAGGCCAGCCUUGAGAUUUGCUGGUCAUGUGGUCAUCGCAUCAAAGGCAAACUGGUGCGGGCGCUCCAACGAACAUACCAUCCUGCUUGUUUUACCUGCGUCACGUGUAAGCAGCCUCUUGAAAACUUUAUCCAGGCAGAUACUGGAGAACUGUAUUGUUGCCUGGACUACAACAGGAAGCACGCUAAGAAGUGCGUUGUCUGUCAGAAGCUACUGAUAGACUCUGAUGGAAGUCUUCUCUCGUACAUUACACAUCAUGGACGCCCCUUCCAUCGCGAGUGCUUCAGCUGUGAGGUGUGUGGCUUCAAGUUCUCUACUGAGGAGGGGGGUGAUAGCUAUUUUUUCAACGGCAAAACGCUUUGCCUCGUUUGCAUUGAAAGGAUGCAAAACUGAUUAUCAUUAUUAUUAAGAAUCAUUCAUUGCUUUUUGAGUUCAUUGUAUACAGUAAUCCCUCAACCUCGGAUAUAUCGGAUUCAAUUGUUCCCACUGGUUUUGUCCGAUAUAAGCGAAAUCCGUUAUAUGCGUAUACCGGAAAAUGUCCAUUUUACGCAUAUAUGGGAUUUAUAUCCGGUAUAUGCGUAAAUGGGAUUUUAUCCGUUAUAAAAAGGCACUUCCUUGACUAUGUUUCCAAUGUACCUGGACGCGCAGGCAACGCUGCAAACGCUGCAAAUGACGUCGUAUAGCGGCCUGUCACGAUUCAGCGAAUCGGAGCGCCACGAUGCGGCCAUCCGAUAUAUGCGAGGGAAAUUUCAUGGAAAUGCAUUGGAACGGGACUGGAGAUUUUGUCCGAAAUAGGCGAAAUCCGUUAUAAAAAAUCCGAUAUAUGCAAUGAAUUUUUAUUGGAAAUGCAUUACAGAAAAAUUGGUUCUUUUUUAUCUGUCCGUUGUGAGCGAAUUUCCAAUAUAUCCGAGUCCGAUAUAUCCGAGGUUUACUGUGUUAUUAUUGAAUAUUUUUGUAAUUAGAUCAGAAUCAGAAUCAGAAUCAGAAAAGGUUUAUUGCCAGGUAUGAUCAAACACAUACUAGGAAUUUGUUUUGGUAUAGUAGGUGCAUACACAUCUAUUAAAAAAGAAUGAGGAUACAAAAUAUGAAAUACAAAAUAUGAAAAUACAAAAUAUACAGAAUAACAGUAUAAAUAUAUGUACACAGUCUGUUUUUGUUUGUUAUUCCGGAAGUGCAGUCUGAUUGUUUUUCCUAAGAGUCCAAACUGAGCGUUAAUGUAACGUAUACAAUGAAAGUGUCAAAGUGUCAAAGUGUCAAAGUGGCAGGAUGAGGCAGAGGUGGGGUGUGAAGAGUGUCAUGUGGGGUUCCGGGCCUUGUUGAUGAGGCUGACAGCAGACGGGAAGAAACUGUUCUUGUGGCGUGAGGUUUUGGUCCUGAUGGACCGCAGCCUCCUGCCAGAGGGGAGCGUCUCGAAGAGUCUAUGUCCGGGGUGAGAGGGAUCGGCCACAAUCCUUUCUGCACGCCUCAGGGUCCUGGAAGCGUACAGACCCUGGAGGGAUGGGAGAUUGCAGCCAAUCACCUUCUCUGCAGACCGAAUGACACGCUGCAUCCUGCCUUUGUCCUUAGCCGUGGCAGCAGCGUACCAGAUGGUGAUGGAGGAGGUGAGGGUGGACUCAAUGAUGGAGGUGUAGAAGUGCACCAUCAUUGUCUUUGGCAGGCUGAAUUUCUUCAGCUGCCGUAGGAAGUACAUCCUCUGCUGAGCCUUCUUGAUGAGGGAGCUGAUGUUCGUCUCCCACUUGAGGUCCUGGGAGAUGAUGGUACCCAGGAAGCGGGAGGACUCUACAAUGUCGAUUGUGGAGUCACAGAGGGUGAUGGGGACAGGAGAGGCUGAUUUCUUCCUGUUGUCCACAACCAUCUCCACUGUUUUUAGGGCGUUGAGCUCCAGGUUGUUCAGGUUGCACCAAGUCGCCAGAUGGUCAACCUCCCACCUGUAGGCGGACUCGUCACCGUCAGAGAUGAGUCCGAUGAGGGUGGUGUCGUCCGCAAACUUCAGGAGUUUGACAGACUGGUGACUGGAGGUACAACUGUUCGUGUACAGGGAGAAGAGCAGAGGAGAAAGAACGCAGCCCUGGGGGGAUCCGGUGCUGAUGGUUCUUGUAUCGGAGAAGUGUUUCCCCAGCUUCACACACUGUUUCCUGUCAGACAGGAAGUCUGUAAUCCACCUGCAGGUGGAGUCAGGCACGCUCAGCUGGGAGAGCUUCUCCUGGAGCAGAGAUGGGAGGAUGGUGUUGAAUGCAGAGCUGAAGUCCACGAACAGGAUGCUAGCGUAGGUUCCUGCGGAGUCCAGGUGCUGGAGGAUGUAGUGGAGGGCCAAGUUGACUGCAUCGUCUACAGACCUGUUGGCUCUGUAGGCAAACUGCAGGGGGUCUAGGAGAGGGUCGGUGAUGACUUUGAGGUGAAAGAGCACAAGGCGCUCAAAGGACUUCAUGACCACGGAGGUCAGGGCGACGGGUCUGAAGUCAUUAAGUCCUGUGGUCCUUGGCUUUUUGGGAACAGGGAUGAUGGUUGAAAACCUGUUUAAAGUAUGAUUUUUGGUAUUAUUAGAGCCUUCUAGACAUUCUAGACCAGGGGUGGGCAAACUUUUUGACUCGCGGGCCGCAUUGAUAUGACAAAAUUUACGGGGGGGGCAGACUAUAUAUUUUACACGUAACAGUCCACCUGGUAUUAUUGUAUCUGUAAAA